AUGGUAGCUCAAUUCUUGACAAAAAUUGACGAAGAACCUAAUUUCUUAACAAAUAUUUUAUGGUCAGAUGAAUCACGGUUUACAAAUGAUGGAGUGAUCAAUAGACAUAAUAGUCAUUAUUGGUCCGAUUCGAACCCUCAUUGGACUAAAGAUGUAAACUUUCAAGUUAAGUGGGGAGUUAAUGUUUGGUGCGGAAUUUUGGGAGACACUUUAAUAGGUCCAUACUUUUUUGAUGGUACACUAACUGGAAAUAAGUAUAGAGACUUUUUAAACAAUGAAAUUCCAAAAUUCUUGGAAAAUGUAUCAUUAGAACAACGUUUAAGAAUAUACUAUCAUCAAGAUGGAGCACCAGCACAUAAUAGUAAUAUAGUUCGAGAAUCUUUAACAGAAAUAUUUGGAGUCAACUGGAUCGGCACGUAUAGUCCAGAAAUUAGAUGGCCAGCUCGUAGUCCAGAUUUGACUCCCCUAGAUUUUUUUCUUUGGGGUUUCUUAAAACAAGUUGUUUAUAUAACCCCACCAGUAACUGUUGAAGAACUUAAAAAUAGAAUAGUACAUGCCUGUGAAUCAAUUCCCAAGAAUAUGUUACUUAAAGUAACCCACCACGAAGUGUUGAAACGAAUGGAAAUGUGUUUAAAAUGGAAAUGUAUAUGUAACUCUUGUCUUUAA